AUGAGGCCCGCUGCCGCUCCGGCGAGGCCGAGCGGCCGGCAGCAGGAGAGCCAGCAGCGCCCGCAAGAGAACCAGGAGCGACAGCGGCAAGCGCCUCCGCUGACGACGCUCCGUCCUCGCCGGAGAACGGAGCUGUCCCUCCCCCUCCCAAAUCGAUCGCCUUCCAUGGCCGUCCCUCUCCCUCUUCCUCGGCCUUCGUCGGCGCCGGCGUUGUCCUCAUCCUCGGGUCAGUCCCCCGAGCUCGCCGACCUCGAGCGGAUCCGCCGCAUCGGCAGCGGCACCGGUGGCACAGUCUGGAUGGUACGGCACCGCCCCACGGGACGCAUCUACGCGCUGAAGGUCGUCUACGGCUACCACGACGACGACGUUCGCCGCCAGAUCUGCCGUGAGAUCGAGAUCCUCCGCACCGCCGAUAAUCCCUUCGUGGUCCGCUGCCACGGCAUGUUCGAUCACGCCGGCGACAUCCAGAUCCUGCUCGAGUAUAUGGACGGCGGAUCCCUAGAAGGUCGCCGGAUAUCAACGGAGGCCUUCCUCGCAGAGAUCUCCCGGCAGAUUCUCCUCGGCCUCGCUUACCUCCACCGCCAGAAGAUCGUCCACCGCGACAUCAAGCCGUCCAAUCUCCUGAUCAACGCCUCCAGAGAGGUCAAGAUCGCCGACUUCGGAGUGUCCCGGAUCCUCUCCCAGACGAUGGAUCCCUGCAAUUCCUCCGUCGGCACCAUCGCCUACAUGAGCCCCGAAAGGAUCAACACAGAUACCAAUCACGGCAAGUACGACGGCUACGCGGCCGAUAUCUGGAGCUUCGGCCUGAGCAUCCUCGAAUUCUACCUCGGGAGGCUUCCCUUCCCGGAGACCGCCGGCAAGCAGGGCGAUUGGGCUACGCUUAUGUGCGCCAUCUGUUAUUCCGAUCCCCCGACGGCGCCGCCGACCGCCUCCGUGGAGUUCCGCAACUUUAUCUCGUGUUGUUUGCAGAAGGAGCCCGCAAAGAGGCUCACAGCGGCGCAGCUUCUCCAGCACCCGUUCAUCACUAGGGCGAACGUUAAUCCCCCCCUCCAUCGUCCUCCCCUCUUCUGA